UCCCCCUCCCCUCCACAUUCACACACAAACUCCCUCUCUCUCUUUCUCUCUCUCUCAACUUCUCUUGUUGCACAAGUUAUUGUUACUUUCUUUUUCUUCUUUCUUUUGUUUUCGUCUUCUAGCUAGCUAGCUGCGUGUAGUAGUACUUUCUUUUGUUUUAUAAACCUAAAGCUGUAGUAGUACUGUACGUAUUGAGUCUAAUUGGUAUCACCCACGAGAAUAUCAAUGAAGGAGAGCGGAAGAAAACAAGGUGCAAUGUCGCCAUGCGCGGCAUGCAAGCUUCUUCGAAGGAGAUGUGCGCAGGAUUGCGUGUUCGCUCCUUAUUUUCCAGCCGACGAGCCGCACAAGUUUGCUAGCGUGCACAAGGUUUUCGGAGCAAGCAAUGUCAACAAGAUGUUACAGGAAUUGCCGGAGCACCAGAGAAGUGAUGCAGUGAGUUCAAUGGUGUACGAAGCAAACGCUAGGGUAAGAGAUCCUGUGUAUGGUUGUGUGGGAGCCAUCUCAUCUCUACAACAACAGGUUGAUGAUCUCCAAACUCAAUUGGCACUUGCACAGGCUGAGGUUGUACACAUGAAAAUGCGGCAGCAGCCACCUUCUUCGAUAUCCACUAGUACUACAACCUCUAAUUAUCCACCCACAACCAUGAAUUCUCCUCCUGAUCUGAAUAAUUCAUUCCCGGCCUCGGCCAAGCCUCAUCAUCAUCAUCAUCACCUGCCUUCUCAGACCAAGUCUUUUUUUCCCAUGGACAUGGUGCAUGAGAUAGAUCAUCAGGCCAAUAUGGGAGAGUCUUUGUGGUCAUAUUAGCUAUCUAUCUACGUACCUAGCUAGGUUGCCUUGAUCAAUUAAUUAGAUUGAUAUAUUUUUCCUUAUUAAUUAAUUACUAUCACAUAUAUAUAUAUAUAUAUAUAUAUAUAUAUAUAUAUAUAUAUAGGGCUUGCUCAUGUAUUGCCUACCGGGCUACCCCUCUUAUAUUUACUUUUUUUUUUUGUCCCCUCCGAUCCUUUUUAACAUAUAUAUAACUUUGUAGAACAUGAUCUAGAUCUCUACCUUAUGAUCUAGAUCAGAUGAUGUUCAUGAUCAUUAACCAUAUCAUAAAUUUCUAAACAUGUAAUUAUGAACAAUAUUAUAUUUAUAUAAGUAGUGUAUAUAUAGUUGUUUGCCUUUUUAA